AUGUACACUGUUAGGGAAGGAGUGUUACUUGGAACCAUCAUACAGAAUGAUGAUGACUUUGAAGUGAUCAAGGCGUUGUAUAUGGGAUCAAACUUUGGUGACUCUAUAAGAUUGAUCUUGCCCAGGCUUGUACAGUCAAUGGCUGGCACUGAUGAAUUACAAGAGUUACCAGCAACCUUGGAUCAAUUGGAUAAAGAUAGAGUGUUGAUCCUAGAUGCACAGACCCAUGUAUUCCUAUUCAUCGGAUCACAGGUUCCAACAGACAGUUCACAAGCCCUCUACGCACGAAACUUUAUCCAAAARGCAAACAUUWAUCAAGACUUCCAAUGCCAUAUGUCC